AUGGCCUCGUGUGUUGCGGUUCCUUCUCGUCGUGCUUUCGCAUGUGAGUUCUGGAAAAAGGUCGCGUGGCCGUUGAGGGUGAUGAUGCCAGGCGAGCUGUUGUGGUCGCUCGACGGCCAUUCUUCAGAGUGGGCUGGGAUUGAGGAGGUGCUUGCGUGCUGUAUGGUUCGAGGAUUGUCGAGAGCAUAUGGGUUGUUUGUUGAUCUCCCACGUUUCCUCGACUCUUACAUACCAUCAUCACCUGCGCGACUUUCUCCAUCGCUCGAGCUAGGAGCACUACAAAGAAGCUACGGCAGACUCGAGCAGGAUAUACUCAACUGUAACUGGACAGGAGGCGCUGUUCGUGCGCAUUGGAUUGAGGAUCUAGAAAAGGCGCUCCGGGGUAUGGAGGCGAGGUACACGAGUGGGAUCGGGAGACUGUACGCUGUGUGGAAAGCGAAGCCUUACUUUUUGGCGGAGGGUGUGAGGAAUGCUCAGGGUGCUAGGACGUAUGAUGUUGCUUUUUGGAACGAUGCGGGGAGUAUGAGGGCAAGUCAUGGGUACGGGGAAUGGCCGGAUGUUAGGAGAGUUCAAGCGAUCUUCGAGCAGGCGGAGAAGUUGGCUGUGGAGAGGACGGGUGAACCUCUUGAUGGGGGCCCAAAGACCGUUACAUUGUCGGUCUUUCUUCCUCUUCUUCUUUAG